CAUAUAUUCCUGCAUCAUCAUGAGCUCCUGAUAUAUUUUCUUGUGUUUCAUCAAAUGUUUUGUGAAUAAUUAUAUUUUAAAAAACAGCAACAUUAACUAAACAAAUAAAAAGUUACAGAAGUAAAAUAAAACUUCAAAUAAAAGCAGUAAGAAAAAAAAAAAUGAAUUUACCAAGCGACGAUGUUUUUGGCUUUACUCAGCAAACGGCGAUGAUACUUGAGGGUUUUAAUGCCGGUCACUUGAUACCAGAGUUCAAAAAACGUAAUAUAUCAACAUCCGUAUUGUCUGAAUUAACAAAAGAUGAUUUUAUCACUCUGGGAGCUAGUGAAGAACUUGCUGAUAAUAUUGUUGAAGAAAUAGGUCCUAAAUUACGUAAAUCUAAGGCUCCACUUACUGAUUUGUUUGACGAUCCAUCAAACCAAUUAGAAAAAAUAACUGAAAUAAUUAAAAAUUCCCAUCAACAACUAGGAUUUUUACAAGCAUUCAUGAAUUACAACCGCGUCAAAUUGUCUAAAGAAUCUGAUGAUUUUGUUAUUGACCUGAACAAAAACACACGAGCUAGCCAGGCACUUUGUUUGGUAACUAAAUGUGCUAUUGACCAAAUUAAUAAUCUUCAAUUAGAUCUACAUCAAUUAUUAACAUCAAUGAAAGGAGCCGAUACAACUAAAACCCAAUCACGUAAAUACAAAUUUAUCAGUGGAAUUGGUUUAUCCAUCUGUUUAAUUGGGUCUUCAAUAUUUGUGAUUAAUAUUCUUAAGAAAUCUACGUAAAUAUUUAAUAAUGUCUUAUUUAUCUUAUAUAUAUUUAUAUUUAUAGCCACAAAUGUUAUUUGUCAAGUAUUUUCCAAAGUUUGUAUUUUUAUAAAGAGACAAAUUAAUAAAUAAAAUAGU